CGAGGGGCCGGGCCGGGACCGCGCGCUCGCCCGCCGCGCUCUGGGCCGCCCGAGCGAGCCGCCGGACCUCGCGCGCCCCGCCGCCGCCGCCGCCGCCGGCUUUUGUUGUCUCCGCCUCCCCCGCCGCUGGCGCCUCCGGACCGCGAGCCGAGUGCGCCGGGACCUUGGCUCUGCCCUUCGCGGGCGGGGGCUGCGCGGGCCCGGCCGGGGGCGCCGCCGGCCCCGCCAUGGAGCUGCGGGCCCGAGGCUGGUGGCUGCUGUGCGCGGCCGCCGCGCUGGCCGCCUGCGCCCGCGGGGACCCCGCCAGCAAGAGUCGGAGCUGCAGCGAAGUCCGCCAGAUCUACGGGGCCAAGGGCUUCAGCCUGAGCGACGUGCCCCAGGCGGAGAUCUCGGGUGAGCACCUGCGGAUCUGCCCCCGGGGCUACACCUGCUGCACCAGCGAGAUGGAGGAGAACCUGGCCAACCGCAGCCGGGCCGAGCUGGAGACCACGCUCCUGGACAGUGGCCGGGCCCUGCAGGCCGUGCUGGCCGCCCAGCUUCGGGGCUUCGACGAUCACUUCCAGCGCCUGCUGAACGACUCAGAGCGGGCCCUGCAGGAGGCCUUCCCCGGCGCCUUCGGAGAGCUGUACACGCAGAACACCAAGGCCUUCCGCGACCUGUACGCCGAGCUGCGCCUCUACUACCGCGGCGCCAACCUGCACCUGGAGGAGACGCUGGCCGAGUUCUGGGCCCGCCUGCUCGAGCGCCUCUUCCGGCAGCUGCACCCGCAGCUGCUGCUGCCCGACGACUACCUGGACUGCCUGGGCAAGCAGGCCGAGCCGCUGCGGCCCUUCGGGGAGGCCCCCCGCGAGCUGCGCCUGCGCGCCACCCGCGCUUUCGUGGCGGCGCGUGCCUUCGUGCAGGGCCUGGGUGUGGCCAGCGACGUGGUCCGGAGGGUGGCCCAGGUGCCCCUCAGCCCGGAGUGCUCGCGCGCCGUCAUGAAGCUGGUGUACUGCGCCCAAUGCCUGGGGGUGCCCGGCGCCCGGCCCUGUCCCGACUACUGCCGCAACGUGCUCAAGGGCUGCCUGGCCAACCAGGCCGACCUGGACGCCGAGUGGAGGAACCUCCUGGACUCCAUGGUGCUCAUCACAGACAAGUUCUGGGGUCCAGCGGGCGCGGAGAGCGUCAUCGGCGGCGUGCACGUGUGGCUGGCAGAGGCCGUCAGCGCCCUCCAGGACAACAGUGACACCCUCACAGCCAAGGUCAUCCAGGGCUGCGGGAACCCCAAGGUGAACCCCCAGGGCCCUGGGCCUGAGGAGAAGCGGCGCCGGGGCAAGCUGGCGCUGCCGGAGAAGCCGCCCGCGGGCACACUGCAGAAGCUGGUCUCCGAGGCCAAGGCCCAGCUCCGAGACGCCCAGGACUUCUGGAUCAGCCUCCCGGGGACGCUGUGCAGUGAGAAGUUGGCCAUGAGCGCGGCCAGCGAUGACCGCUGCUGGAACGGGGUGGCCAAGGGUCGGUACCUCCCCGAGGUGAUGGGCGACGGCCUGGCCAGCCAGAUCAACAACCCCGAGGUGGAGGUGGACAUCACCAAGCCCGACAUGGCCGUCCGCCGGCAGAUCAUGCAGCUGAAGGUCAUGACCAACCGUCUGCGCGGCGCCUACAGCGGCAGUGACGUAGACUUCCAGGACGCCAGUGACGACGGCAGCGGCUCUGGCAGCGGCGAGGGCUGCCCGGACGACGUGUGCGGCCGGAGGGUCAGCAAGAAGAGCUCCAGCUCCCGGACACCCCUGACCCACGCCCUCCCCGGCCUGUCGGAGCAGGAGGGCCAGAAGACGUCGGCCGUGGGCCGCCCCCAGCCCUGCAUGUGCCUCCUGUUCGUCCCCAUCCUCACCCUGGUCCUCUCAGCAGCCGGGCCCUGGUGGCGGUAACUGCCCCAGCCCCAGGGACCGAGGCCAAGGACUGACUUUGCCAAAACUCACACCAGACGAAUAUUUAACUCCCUCGGCCGAGCGGCCCCGGGGCGGGGCAGGAAGAGUCGGCGAGGGGCCGCGGCUGUGACUGUGCCAGGGGCCGGGCGAGUGCCUGGCUUUGCCAGCCACCCUGGCUUUUAAUUUUGUAUGAGGCCCUCAGGUCAGCCAGGAACAGUGUCCCCAAAAGCCAUGCAUUUCAGGGACCUUGGGGAUGCCGGUGGCUGUCUCAUCCGCCAGCUCCUGCACCGUCGCAGCAGCACUGGGGCCUGUGAGGAGGUGGCCCGAGCAGUGUCCUGCCGGAGUGCGAGCCGUGCCUUCCUCUCCCGCCUGCCCCGCUGAGCACCUAGGGCUCCAGGUGUCUGACAGCCAGGCCCACUCCUCAGCACCCGAGAAUCCCUGAGAGGGUGUCAGGGUUCCCGCCAUCCAGGGUCUAGCAGGGCCUUUGAGGUCGUGCAUGAACCUUGACCCCCUCUCCCCCCAGAGCCACCUCUGGGCUCUGCUCUCAGCUGCGUCUGUGCGGGGCGGGGUCGUGGCUCCUGGCCGUCCACGCAGGCUCACGGCCCACACAGGCACUUCUCCUGCCCUUGUCCUGUCCCCGUCCCCACCCAGACCCAGGGCAAGGUCCCAGCUCAGGGCGACACAGGCCAGGACUGCAGGUGACCCCUGGCCGUCACCUGGCCGCAGGGAUGCUGUGUGGCUGGUGAAACUUCAGCUCAGGGCCAGCGAGACCCAGCUCUGCAGGCCGGAGGGACGUCCCUUCCCUGACCCCACCAGCUGCAGGGCCGGGGUGCUGUGACAGUCAAGGGCUUUUCCAGCCGGGCACCAUCUGCAAGCGCUUCCCAUCCUUCUCACCGAGAGUUGCUUUCUCAGCUUCUCCCAAAAAGCUUUUGAGGAUCCCAGGCGACCUUCUGUGGCCCUGGGAUCUGGGCGCAGCCCUGCUCACUUGGGCUGUCCAGGCCUCUCCGUGGGCCUGGGGGCCCCCCUCCUGGGCCUUGCCCGCUGCAGGGCCUGGGGAGGGGCUGGCGCCCUGCCAGCGAGGGACUCAGGCAGGGGAGGCUGGGCUGUGGCCGUCCGGGGGAUGCUGAGCCACCGUGGCCGGGGACAGCGGUCCCAACCCGCUCCCGGGCCCUGAGACGGCUGCUUAGUACUGCUUUGCUUUUCCUCACGGAGUUGGGGGGGCCUGGCCACUGCUCAGAGCCUCUGGGACGUGCAGGGCCCAGGGCCGCAGGCUGCACCCCGCCAGGCAGCCAGCCCACAGGCACAGCCACCCCAUCGUCAGCCUGUUGUGCCGGGACCGGGGGCUGGGCCCGGGGCCUCCUUCCCUGCAGGUGGGGGCCCGCUGGACUCUCGGGGGCUCUGGGGCGGUGACCACCCACGUGCCAGGACAGCCACCCUCGUGUGCCCGUGGAUGGCCGCAGAGCAGCCUGCACUCUGGCCCCGCCCCACAUGCGUCUCUGGAAGGGGUGGCCCUGCCAUGGUCACUGGCCAGGCCUGCUGUGCCCUUGUGCUGCACGGUGUCAGCAGGUGACGUGUGUCCUCAGAGUCCUCGGUAUGAAUAAAAGGCUGGAGACCG